CCUUAGCAGAAAAAAUUGACGGCAUAGCACGCUGUGUGGUUGCAUCCCUGUUCUACUUCGAGCUGGACUCAAUACCAGAGAGGUUUGAUAGGAAGUACGUUGGUACUGGUUAUAUCCUCUGCUCCCUACGCGGCAAUAAUCCAGCGCUCAAGCUGCUACUCAACCAACUAUCAGACCGGUCAGCCAGAUUUUAUUUGAAUAAUAAUCUAAUCCUUGGAACACUCCACGACCCAUCCAAUCUCGGCGAAAAUGGAAAUUUCCGAAAGCGUGUGGAGCUAAACGUUGCCGACAGGUUCACGAUUUCCCUUAAACAAGGUGACUCAGAGCCAUGCGAUAUUAGCGCUUCGCCAUUCUUGGUAGAUAAGUUGAUAGAGGCACAGGGUUUGAAUGCCGACUUUGGAAGAGCUAACCAUCAGAGGAAGAAGAGGGCAGCUAAUUGGGGACUUCCAGCUGCAAAACGACAGCGUUAUUGAACAA